UACCACCUCCCCCCCUUGUCCAUCAGUUCACGAGCCAACAACGCCAAGCGCGGCAGGUGCCGCCCUCGCCUACUCUGACGCACUGCACUGCACUGCACUGCACAGCACAGGGAGCCACCACCCUAUUAGAUUACUAGUAACCUAAACUAAACUAAGCUGGAGUAGAAAACUGCCUCCCCCUCGCAAGAUAAAUUCGCACUCCGAGGCGGCACACACACGCACAGCUCGAAACGCGAGCGCAAACAAGCGCAGCAGCGCCAUUAUCACCGCAGCAGCAGCGCUUGCAAUGGCAGCUCGGCUGCUUUAAGCUUCGAGGAGCGAGGAGACGCGCGCAUUGGCGGCGCCGUACACCGCCGACGCCGAUCGCCGGCCAUUGCGUUGGGUUGCUCGGCGGCCUACCUAGCAUAAAAAAGCGGCGCCCCUCGCGAAUGGCGGGUCGCCGCCUGAUGCUGCUGCUGGUGACAGCAGCGGUGGCCGUGUUCAUGGCCGCCGCCCCGGCCGGCGGGAGCAAGUCGGUGCGGUUCGACCUGCUCCACCGGAAGCCGGCGUCCCUCGCCGAGCAGGCGCGCAUGGACCGGGCGCGCGCGGCGUCUAUCUCCGCGCGCAGGCGGCGCCGCGCGGCGGAGACCAAGACCAAGACCAAGACCACGGCCAAGGCCAAGGCGGCGCCUGCGGCCGAGGCCUUCGCGAUGCCGCUCUCCUCGGGGGCGUACACGGGCACGGGGCAGUACUUCGUACGCUUCCGCGUGGGCACCCCGGCGCAGCCGUUCCUGCUCGUGGCCGACACCGGCAGCGACCUGACCUGGGUCAAGUGCCGGCGCCCCGCUCCCGCCCACGGCGCGGCGAACGGCUCCUCGCACUCGUCGGCCUCCCCGCACGGGCGCGUGUUCCGGCCGGACAAGUCCCGGACGUGGGCGUCCAUCCCGUGCUCGUCGGACACCUGCACGGCGUCCCUCCCCUUCUCCCUCGCCGCCUGCCCCACGCCUGGCAGCCCCUGCGCCUACGACUACCGGUACAAGGAUGGGUCGGCGGCGCGCGGCUCGGUGGGCACCGACUCGGCGACCAUCGUGCUGUCGGGGCGCGCGGCGAGGAAGGCCAAGCUGCGGGGCGUCGUGCUGGGCUGCACCGCCUCCUACAACGGCGACAGCUUCCUGGCCUCCGACGGCGUGCUCAGCCUCGGCUACAGCAACAUAUCCUUCGCAUCCCGCGCCGCGGCGCGCUUCGGCGGACGCUUCUCCUACUGCCUCGUCGACCACCUCGCCCCGCGGAACGCCACCAGCUACCUCACCUUCGGCCCCAACCCGGCCUUCUCCUCGUCCUCCAAAGCCGCAUGCGGCGCGGCGGUUCCCGGCGCGCGAAAGACGCCGCUGCUGCUCGACCACCGGAUGCACCCGUUCUACGCCGUGACCGUCAACGGCAUCUCCGUCGACGGGGAGCUCCUCAAGAUCCCGCGCCUCCUCUGGGACGUCGAGAGGGGCGGCGGCGCCAUCGUCGACUCCGGGACGAGCCUGACGGUGCUGGCCAGGCCGGCGUACCGCGCCGUAGUGGCGGCGCUGAGCAAGAAGCUCGCCAGGCUGCCGAGGGUGACCAUGGAUCCGUUCGACUACUGCUACAACUGGACGUCCCCGUCGUCGGGCGAGGACCUCGCGGUGGCCAUGCCGAAGCUGGCGGUGCACUUCGCGGGGUCGGCGCGGCUGGAGCCGCCGGCGAAGAGCUACGUGAUCGACGCGGCGCCCGGUGUGAAGUGCAUCGGCGUGCAGGAGGGGGAGUGGCCCGGGGUGUCCGUCAUCGGCAACAUCCUGCAGCAGGAGCACCUGUGGGAGUUCGAUCUCAAGAACCGACAGCUCAGAUUCAAGCGGUCGCGGUGCACGCAAUGAUUGGGCGGGCGGCGGAGAUCGACCGUUCUUCCCUCCACUUCUUUCAUCCCCCCCCCCCCCCCGGUGGUGUUGGUCUUGCUGAUUCUUUUUCUCUUUCUUUACCCAAUGUUCAGAUACUAAUGCAAUGAGAAAUGUACCUUCUUACAAUGCAAAAGUGACAAGUGUAAUCAGUUUUCCUUUUCUUUUUC